AUGGCAACGCCAGAGGAAUACAGAGCUCUAGAGCUCAUUCGGCAGCACCUACUGGAAGACCAUUUCUCCUCCGCCGAUCUCUUCAUCACUGAUUUGAACUCCCCAAUCUCUUCCGUCUCCCAGGAGCUGCUGCUUCCUGUGCCCGUAAAACACGAAGAAGCAGAAGAAGAAUCGCAAUCCCCUGCUUUGUGCUCUGACUCCAAUUCCCCUGAAUCACACCUUGACACGUCCUCGCCGAAGCCUACGGUUUCGGGUUCCUGUAGUGGGUCGUCGUCGCCAGAGCCGGAAGAGAAGGGGAGGCAGUUCAGAGGCGUGAGGAAGAGGCCGUGGGGCAAAUUUGCGGCGGAAAUCCGCGACCCGACCCAGAAAGGCAGCCGGGUGUGGCUAGGGACUUUCGACAGCGACGUGGAUGCCGCCAAAGCCUACGACUUCGCCGCUUUUGAAAUGAGGGGCAGGAAAGCGAUCCUCAAUUUCCCACUAGAAGCUGGCAAGUCCGACCCGCCAGCUGCAUGCACUGCCCGGAGACGGAGGAGGAUGAAGAAAACGGCGCCGGAUUCGGAGAAAGCAUCCGCCGCCCGGGAACUGGAAAUGGGUCCCUUCUAA